CUGGAAGCGUGACUGUGCCAGUAGGCUGUGGGCAACUCCAGCGGCACGUCCUCUGUCCUUCAGGUGCCACUGCCUCCUGCACCGAGCUCAGGCCCAGGCAGCACCCACAGGGCCAACCGUCCUCCGGCAGCUCAUUGCCAAGGUGCGACCUCAGCUUGCUGGCUUCAGCCCCUCCCCACCAUGACCUCCAAGAAGCUGGUGAACUCGGUGGCAGGCUGUGCGGAUGACGCCCUGGCUGGCCUGGUGGCCUGCAACCCCAACCUGCAGCUCCUGCAGGGCCACCGUGUGGCCCUCCGCUUCGACUUGGACAGCCUCAAGGGCCGGGUGGCCCUGCUGUCGGGUGGGGGCUCCGGCCAUGAGCCUGCCCACGCUGGGUUCAUAGGGAAGGGGAUGCUGACGGGGAUCAUCGCAGGAGCCGUGUUCGCUUCACCAGCAGUGGGCAGCAUCCUGGCAGCCAUCAGGGCAGUGGCCCAGGCGGGCACAGCGGGCACCCUCCUCAUCGUGAAGAACUACACUGGGGACCGGCUGAACUUCGGCCUGGCCCGCGAGCAGGCGCAGGCUGAGGGCAUCCCCGUGGAGAUGGUGGUCAUCGGGGACGACUGUGCCUUCACGGUGGUGAAGAAGGCGGGCCGCCGGGGGCUCUGUGGUGUGGUGCUCAUACACAAGGUGGCGGGUGCCCUGGCUGAGGCCGGUGUGCCGCUGAAGGAGAUCAAAGACCGGGUGAGCGUGGCUGCCAAGGCCAUGGGAACCUUGGGCUUGAGCUUGUCCUCCUGCAGUGUCCCUGGUUCCAGACCCAACUUUGAACUUGCCGCUGAUGAGGUAGAGCUGGGCCUGGGGAUCCACGGGGAAGCGGGCGUGCGCCGGAUGAAGAUGGCACCCGCCGACGAGAUUGUGAGGCUCAUGCUCGACCACAUGACCAACACCUCCAACGUGUCACACGUGUCUGUGCAGGCCGGCUCCUCGGUGGUGCUGGUGGUGAACAACCUAGGCGGCCUGUCGGUGCUGGAGCUGGGCAUCGUGGCCGACGCAGCCAUCCGCACUCUGGAGAGCCGCGGGGUGAAGGUUGCCCGUGCCCUGGUGGGCACCUUCAUGUCAGCGCUGGAGAUGCCUGGCCUCUCUCUCACCCUCCUGCUCGUGGAUGAGUCCCGCCUGAAACUGAUAGAUGCUGAGACCACCGCGUCGGCCUGGCCUCACAUGCCCAAGGUCUCUGUGACGGGGCAGAAGCGGAUCCGGCCAGCCCCCGCCCACCCCACAGAGGCUCCUGAUAUCACUGUAGAAGGCUUGAGCUCCAAGCGGAUGGUGCUCGUGCUGGAACAGGUGUGUGCUACCCUCCUGGACAUGGAGGAGUACCUCAACACCCUGGACCGUGUGUCCGGCGAUGGGGACUGUGGGACCACCCACAGCCGCGCUGCCCGAGCGAUCCAGGAGUGGCUGAGAGAGAGCCCACCCCCCGCCCACCCUGCCAAGCUGCUCUCCCAGCUGUCCCUCCUGCUGCUGGAUAAAAUGGGAGGCUCGUCCGGGGCCCUCUACGGCCUGUUCCUGACCGCAGCGGCCCAGCCCCUCAAGGCCAGCACUGACCUCCCAGCCUGGUCUGCUGCCAUGGACGCCGGCCUGGAGGCCAUGAGGAAGUAUGGGAAGGCUGCCCCAGGAGACAGGACUAUGCUGGAUUCUCUCUGGGCAGCGGGACAGGAGCUCCAAGCCUUGAGGAACCCACAGGCUAAUCUGUUCCACAUCCUGACCAAGGCAGUGGAGAGCGCCGAAGCUGCGGCCCAGGCCACCAAGAACAUGACGGCUGGAGCUGGGAGAGCCAGUUAUAUCAGCUCCACGAAGCUCGACGAGCCAGACCCCGGGGCAGUGGCCACUGCAGCCAUUCUCCGGUCCAUCCUGCAGGUCCUGAAGAACCUGGAGAGCGAGUGAGUGCAGAGGCCGCCUGCCACUUCCCUCUGCCUCCCACCGGCCACCGCCCUUGCUUCGCAGGCCCAUCCUCUGAGUUCAGCAGGAACCGCUGCCAGCCUCCAGAGCGGCUGCAGUGCAGACUGCAGUUCCAGAGGGGUCACUGCCUGCGCAGGGAGGGUGGGUCCCGGGCUCCCACUCUGCCCCAGCCCCGCUGCCUGGGCCUCCACAGCGGGUGGGCGUGUCCCUGGGGCAGCACAGCCGUCACUGGCAUUGCUGAGCCUGUGCCCGCGUGAAAAGCAGCUAAUAAACCACAUCAGACCAG